AGAUGCAACGACACAGAGAAGGCCUACUGCGUGAACGGCGGAGACUGUUAUUUCAUACAGGGCAUAAAUCAACUCUCAUGCAAGUGUCCAAAUGACUUUACUGGCGAUCGCUGUCAAACCUACGUUAUGGCCAGUUUCUACCAGCAUCUUGGGAUUGAGUUUAUGGAGGCAGAAGAGCUCUACCAGAAGCGAGUCCUGACAAUCACGGGUAUCUGCGUGGCUCUGCUGGUGGUAGGCAUCGUGUGCGUCGUGGCCUACUGCAAAACCAAGAAACAGAGGAGGAUGAUGCACAAUCACCUGCGACAGAACAUGUGUCCGGAACACCCCAACCGGAACCUCGCCAACGGACCCAACCACCCGGGACCCGGACCUGAGGAGUUACCCAUGGUUGACUACAUAUCAAAGAACCUCCCGGCCACGGAGCGCGUCCUGCGACCCGCCCCCGAAGGCUCGUUCCGCGGCAGCCAUGCCUCUUCCAGAUCUCACAACUCUUCCACGCGAGCCCAUUCAUCAACCAACAGACACGACGAGCGGACAUGGAGCCUGGACCACUCGGGCAGCAUCCUAUCAGACUCCCCAGGCAUGAUGUCUUCCUCGGUGGGCACCAGUAAGUGCAGCAGCCCCGCCUGCAUGGAGGCCCGGGCCCGUCGCGCCACGCACUGCGUCUUCUCCGACCCCCACCGACCAGGCCUGCAGUACGGAGAGUCCUUCGACUCUCUGGGAGACUCCCCACACAGCGACAGGUGGGACCACCGAGAAACACACUUUAGCCUCUUUAGCAGUUUGGCACCUUUAGCAUUAGGAUCGAAUUAGCUGAAGGGCUUUUAGCAUUAUCAUAGAUGAAUAAGCUAAACUGCAUUCAGCACUAUGAUUGGAUGAAUUAUCUGAACUCUGUUUACCGUUUUCAAUGGAUGAAUUAGCUGAACUGCGCAUAGCGUUAUCAAUGGAUGCAUUUGCCUAACUGCAUUUGUGUUCUUAGCAUCAUAAUGAAAGAUGAAUGAAUUAAACAACAAAAUAAUUGAAUGAAUUAAGCAACAAAUUACAAUUAUGGAUGAGUGAAUUGGUUUGAGCACUUUUAGCAUUAUAAAUGAAUCAGCUAGAUUUCUUGGCAAUAUGAUGGAGGAACUUGGCUGAAACCCAUCAAGCAUCAGAAAUAAAUGAACUUGCUAUCAUACAUUCAACAAUGAAUUAGCAAUACAAACAGAGGAAUUAGCCAAACGGCCAUUUAGCACGAUGAAUGAAGGACGUGUCUAAAGAGGUGUGAUGCUGGGGGGGGUUCUCAUCACAGUUGUCUGUCUUUUUCCACUGGUUCUGUUUUGGCCAAGAGGGUCCGUCAGAGCACGACAACGGGGACUCCAGUGGAAAAUUAUCCACAGCAGAGCCGAUGAUGAAAUCCUCCAGAGCUAGCACUGCACCAGCCAAGCGGCGCAACAAUAGCGCUCUUGUUGCGGUUAUUCCCAAGUCAAUAAUCAGGGAACGUUUGCUAAAGUGCGGCCAUUAGCAUUGACAUGCAUCAGCGUGAUUGAAUAUCGCUGGUUUUGAGUAGGCGCUGUUUACACUUUGAUGCUACUCAAUUCAUACCGCAAUUUUGCAAGGUCGAGUUAAUAUGAUUUCUUAGGUUAUUUAAAAAACGUCAAAGAAAAAUGUGAAAAAAACAAAGUUAUUUUCUAAAUUGUUCUGGGCAAGACAGUGUUUCCAGACAUGGCUAUUGUCCUUGCCAAAAAUAUGACAUGCAUGUAUAUACAAAUAUAUUUGUGAUUUUUGGUUGACCUCCCAAUGUAAAUGUGUUGUUAACCUCCCAGGACUUGAGCAGUAGUUUGACAAACAAGCUCCACGAUCCACACCCAAAUGUCUGUCCUCUCAUCUUUAAUUUUCACUUCAGAGGCCGCGUACUAAGUACGUGUGAAAAGGUUAAUGUGACUUUAACUAUAGGGGAAAUUAGUCUGCCAGGACAGGUGGCAUAUAUCAAGGAUAAGUACCAUGGUUCCCUGCCAAAACCCACAGCCUUAGAGGAAGGGUGUGGAGCUCCUUUAUGGAGCUAGGAACCCCGGGAUUCCACAUUGCUAGGAGUCUUUGACUGUUUGGUUUUUCCUCAAUAUUACCAAGUUCGUCGGGUUUAUUAACUUCACAUGAGAAUGGUAAGAAAUCAGUUAUAUCUGAUACUUUUUUUUUUGAUUUUUAUCAAUUGAUCAGAGUAGCGUUCGAUACACCACUCGUAAUUUGAAAUUAUUCAAAGCAGAUCGCUCAAACAAUGACCUUGGAAAAAGGGAUUCCUCAUCUCAUAUUUUACUUUUAAAUGGAAACCCGUAACUGGAAGUUACACGGGGUAAGGAGCUGUCAUUGGCAUCGCCGAAUCCCAGCCUCACCACAUUCGGAACAAGUUUGAGGUCAAAAUGGCAUGGCAGCAUCCGCCAAACCAACGGUUCCCAUCACACCAGCACUCUGAAUCACAGGACUCUCCGCAAAGUCACUGAGAUCAGAGCGCAGCUCACCAUCUCAGGGGAGACCCUGCCGGCUCUUUCAUGUGCUGUCGGUCCUUCUUGUAAUGUUAUAACGCCCUUGAUGAUUACUAUAAAAGCCAGACAGGAUUGCAUUACAGUAGACUUUUAUUUUGAAGCGCUCGUCGUUUGCUUUGAUCGGACUGUGGCGCUGUUGUAGAUCACCUCGCAUCGUGAACCCUCAAAACGUUUUCCCCUUACAUUCGGGUUCUGUGCAACGUUACCCUGUAAAAAAUGAUCCUUUCACUGUGGACUCAUUUAGAUGACAAAUGUGAAGUUUCCCUGGCAUGGACCGAUAUGGAAAAAUUAUAUAAAAAAAAAUAAAACAGAACAAUCUCGAAUGGGAUCGGGAAAAGAUCGGAUGACCGCGUCGUUAUGCUGGCCCUACAACGCAUGUCUGGGUGCCAAAUAGUGAUCCCAUGAGGUAACGGCGCACCUUG